AUGUCAGAAGAAAAACCCCAAAGUCGACACACACCUAAUCUCCAAGGAAUAUUAAGAUUUUGUACAGAAAUUACUACACAUGAAAAUGAUACAGGCUCAACUUUUUCUUCAAUGUCUGAAGAGCAAAAGCAAUGGUUGAAGGAUGCUCUAGAGUCAGUUGGUGCAAAUGAUCCUGUGAAGAAAAUGAUUGAAUAUCUAAAAAUAAUUUUGAAAAGUUCUGACUCUGGUGAUUUAAAGAAUGAUGUAGAACAAAAAGAAGUUGCAUUGGAAGAAUUAGCAUGCUUUUGUGAAGAUAUUGAUUUAGCCAAUGAUUUCUACAAAAUAGGUGGUUUUGACAUAUUUCCACUAUUACUUAAUGGCUCUGAUGAAUCCUUGAAAUGGAAGGCAGCAGAGUUGUUGGCUGUAUUAAUUCAGAACAAUCCAUUCUGUCAAGAAAAGGUUUUGGAUGGUGGGAUCAUAUUAGAAAUUUUGUUACAAAAAUUAAAAAAUGAAAACGAGUGCACAGAUGUCAAAGUUAAAUGCUUAUACGCUGCGUCAUGUUUGGCUAGAGAAUGUGAAAGAGGACGAAAGGAACUAAUCAAACUCAAUGGUCUAAACGCCAUUAUUAACUUGAUGCAUUCUGACGUUGAAAAGCUUCAAAUUAAAAGUCUAUUUUUGAUCAAUUCCUUAUGCAUAGAAUCAAAUGAAAUUAGAGGUUUCAUUCUACUUUGGAACAGUUGUUUAACAGUUUCACAAACUCUACUUAAAUUUUUUGAGUCAGAUUUGCUAAAUAGCCUGAACAUCAUGGAUGAUCUAACGCAAUUAAUACAAUCUGAAACGAGUACUACAGUUCAUGGAUUUGCAGUCAAAGCCCUCAUAAAUUUGAUCCUAGAUAACGAGCUAAUGAGAGAAAAACUGAAGAGUGCAAAAUACGACCUAAAAGCCUCUUUAGAAAAGAGAUUGAAUGGCUUAAAAGAAGAUAAAGAUUAUCAAGAGGAGGUUGACGAGUUGAAGCUGCUGUUAAAAAUAUUUGAUUAA